AUGAACUACUUUCCUACUCUCUUAGUAGCCGGAGCAGCAAUUCUUGGCAGUACAUCAGCAGUAUGUACUGAAGCAGGCGCUUCGCUAACACUUAACACCAUUGCUGGUGAGAAGUGUCUUUGUGAUUCCCUAUUUAGCGACGCAACUUGCUCUACGCAGGUGGCUUCUGUAGUAUAUGACGAAUGUACCGAUAUCACAGGUUCAGUUGAUAACCCAAAUGACGUUUCUCUGACUCAAGACCAUACCACCCUUGACACUCUUGUUAAUGACGAGAGCGUUCGAUGGACGGUCAACUGGCCAGCUGGACUCAAUCGUGUAUUCACAUCCUUUACCGUUGGUACCUGCGCUUCAGGUGCUAACCUGGAGGCCUUUACCCAAACUAGUGAAGACUCUGGUUGUACCGAUCGCAUGGUGUUUGAGAUGAAGAUUACUUCACUCCGAGCUCUAUGCGGAUUUGAUUACAAUUUAUCAGAUGAUGUCGAUGAGAUGGACGUCCGAUAUGCAGAUUAUUCGUCAAACAUUAUCUUCGAGUAUACCGAACCAACAGACGUUGGUGGAGACUCUGUGACUCGUAGUGGACAGGUGACCAUCCCAACAAGCAUUCUUGUUCUCAGUCGAGUCGCAGCCACAACCGCCGAGGUCAAAGUGUUCUCGCCAUUUUCGAUCGACACAGCUCUUACAGCCCAGGCCAUCAAUGAGGGAGCUUCAGCUUCCUAUCUCACUCUCACAUAUGCCUUAAGUACUCCAUACUCGGUGCUUACUAUGAAUCCUGUGCUUGCUAAUGUUGGCACGAACAACGCGGCGUUUCUGUGCACUGAGGAUGUAGGUGCGGGAACUUGCGGUGAUAGUAACAACGGGGGGGCCUACAUUGAUAUGCCAGAUUGUGUAGAAGGAGAUUACACUAUGAACAACAACGGUUGCAACAAAGACGCAUACAUCCAACUCGUGCACGGCGAUUGUACGCUAGACGGUACCUACACUAUUUCAGAUGUUGUGAUUGAUUGCUACAAAACCUUAGCUGAAGCUGAUUGUCCAAUUAAUCAACAAAAUAGAGACACUACCAUCGAGUUCACACUGGCGUCUGAUAAUUUCUGUGGUGCGAAUGCAGACCUAGUUGUCAUCGAGAACGCAGUAGCUGUUGAUAGAUUUAUCUUUGUAGAUCCUGAAAAUCGAGCGAAAGACGCUACCACGUGGACUGUAACUGAUCCUAUCACCAGCGUAGACACCACAAAGCCCGCAGGUAACACGCCAAUCGCUGCUUUGGAAUAUGAUGAGUUUGCAUACGCUCGUGUAGAUUUCAGUGGACUGGCUGUGACCAAGGUUACCAUUGUGCAAAGUCAGGCGCGAGAGAGUGCCGGCCCUGGCGCCUGGAGUGAUACAACUGCCGAUACCUCACUUGCCCUGGGCGAGAACUACCCUCAGAUUACAGGAACAUUGACACCAGGCACUGACUACACCAGCACCAGAGCUGAUCCCGCAGCCUACGAGAUAGGACUUACUUGCACGGAAUUGGGUCUAUGUGCAGCCAGCCAAACCUACUUAGUUCAGUAUAAGAUCCAUGAAGCUGUGCACGCUAUGUUCGCCAACCCCGGGUUGGGUAACAGCGCCGGCUUUGAUCUCCGCUUGCUAGUUGACGUAUCUUAUGAGACUGACGGGGCUAGUGCCACACGUCGUCGUCGCCGUCGUCAGGCAUCCACCGAUACAGGCAAUACCGGAGUUCAGCCUGCUUCCGACCCUGCACAGGAUGGACAAGGUCCAGCUAGUAUCUCGGCCAGCAGUAGCGUCAGCGGAAACAAGCAGGUUGCCAGUACUGAAGGCGAUAACAGCGCUGCCGGUGCAUUCGCAUCCUCAUCUUUCGUUAUGGUUGCGGUGGGUGUGGUGAGUAUGGCAUUGAAUUUUUAG